AUGGAGCAAAACAAUGCCCAGACAGGGACGUCCAGAGCUCCCUCGGAGGGACACACGAGGACAUCCGAGAAGAGAAAUGCGUUUACCGAGCUCCUAUCAUCUCGUGAUAAGCAGCCAAAGCACGAGAGCAACAGCUCAACAAAUACCAGCGCGCGACAAGGCAGUAGAGCUGCCUCGGGAGGUCGAGAAGGGCUAAACCCCUACAUCGUGAAGCCUGAAUCAUUUCCACCAAAUGUGGUUAUAUACCACAGUGAAGACUUUGUCGCAAUCCAUGACAUGUUCCCGAAGUCGUCCCUACAUCUGCUCCUUCUCCCACGCGACCAGGCCAAAACCCGGCUCCAUCCAUUCGAUGCGUUUGAGGAUCCUGAAUUUCUAGCAAAGGUUAGAUUUCAAACACAGAAGCUCCGGGCCCUAGCUGCGGGAGAGCUACGCCGGAAAUAUGGGAAGGAUUCUGCGCAAGAGCAAAAGAGACAGGCAGCCUUAAAUGCGGAUCCACCACCGGACGAGCUGCCAGCCGGGAGAGACUGGGACAAAGAGAUCAUGUGCGGAGUGCAUGCUGUUCCGUCAAUGAACCACUUGCAUGUGCAUGUUAUUGCAGUGGACCGGUACAGUGAUCGGCUCAAACAUCGGAAGCACUACAACAGUUUUUCGACGCCUUUCUUCGUGCCCAUUGAAGACUUUCCCUUGGCCCCAGAAGAUGUGCGGCGGCAUCCCACACGUGAAGGAUAUCUCAAAAGAGAUUUUGAAUGUUGGCGCUGUGGAAAAAGUUUCGGAAACCGGUUUGUUGAGCUGAAAAAGCAUCUCGAACAGGAGUUUAAGGAGUGGAAAAAGUUGUAG